AGUUUCAUUAGUUUGUUUUCAUUUUGACUUGGUUAAGUCAUAUAUUUUCGGCAUAUUUUUGAGUAUAAGUAAUUAUCAAGAAAUUAUUUAUUUUUAUUGAAAUAUAUUUAAAUUGAGUGCCAUGCUGACUGAUUUCUAAAAAGUAACAGGUAUAUAGUAUUUAUUACAAUCAUAUUUGCAUUUCACAAAAAGGCAAUCCUAUUUACUUGUUUUGUUAAUAUUAUCAUGACUACUCUACUGGAUCGUUUGCAAGAACAUUUAGUAAAGAAACGACAAGGGUUGAAUGAUGUACAUGAAACGCUAAAAAAAAUUACUGGUCGUGAUACAUUUGACGAUCAUUUAAACCACGGUAAAUUUAACAAACGACCACAGGUAGGUGGAGACCAAAAACUACAAUUCAGAGAGUCAAUAAAGAAAGAUGUUAAGCGAUUACGAGAUAACAAUAAGCUUUCCUUUAAAAAUGAUAAUCAGAAUCGUAAGGUUUUUGUUAACCCUAAUGAAACAUCAAAAAUUUUUAAAAAUGGAAAUAAUUCGGGUAGAAUAUCAGCUAAGGAUCGUUUAGGGACAAUUGUUGCAGAUGAACACGAAAAACCAAUAAAGGAAGAAUUUGAUGAUGACGAAGAUAUGGAUGAUGAUUCUACGCCCAAAAAGACUCUUCAAUCGCAAGUCAUGUUGUCCUCUAAAAUUAUGAAAUCUCGUACUGAAGUAUUGGCUGCUCAACAAGGUGAUCAAGUGACUAAAGAACGAAAUCGUCGUAUGUUUGGAUCAUUAUUAGGUACUUUACAAAAGUUUAAAAAAGAAGAAACUCAGUUAAAAGAUAAAGAAGAGAAAAAAGCUAAAAUUGAAAGAAGAUUAGAAGAAGAAGCAUUGAAAGAGAAAGAAUCAUUAGUUCUUAGGAAACGAGAAUUAUUUAUGCAAAGAAAACAGCAACAGAGAGAUAUAAAAAAUAUAGAGAUUAAAAUGGGAUUGGUAAGAAAUUUUGAAAUAUUUGAACGCCAAAUAAAUUGCACAAUGAAUUUUAUUAAAACUGAAUUUGAUCCUUCGGUGUUUUACUUGCCUAAAAUACAUAACGAAAAGACUGAAAAAAAAUUAAGUAAAACGCGCUCAUAUUUGAGUAAUAUAUUAGGAAAGAAAAGGAAUAUGGUUGAAAGUCAAAUUGAGAAGUUAUUAAAACCUGAUGAUGAACAAAUGGAGUUUGAUGACAGAGUGGAAGAUGGAGAAGUAAGAGUAGCUGAUGAAGAAGAAGAUGCGGAUGUAGAUGUUUAUGAAAGGCAUCAAGAUAAUGAAACUUUUAACUAUGAUUAAAAGUAAUUUUUAAUGACAAGUACAAUGAACUCAAUAUUUUGUAUAUUUUAUUGUAAAUAUUGUUUUUGCACCUUCGACUUUGUUUUAAAUAAUUAAUACAAUCUUGAGUUGAGCUCAUUUAUUUGUAGACUAAACCUUUUUUAAAUACAUUUAUUUAUUUUGGUAUUUGAAUAUUUUAUAAAAAUAUGGAAAUUACAUGCCAUUUUAGUUUCUUGUGUUUAAAAUUAAUAUUAUGUAAUUUAUCAUAAGUGUUAGUU